AUGGAUGAAAUGCGGGCGAUCCUCUCCAAUCCGGACGUCAUCGGGCAUACACCAAUAGAGGCUUUAUUUGAAAACGAUUUCUGGGGUACGCCGCUCUCAGAUCCCGGCUCGCACGGCUCAUACAGACCACUAUGCAUCGUCACCUACAGACUCAACUACGCUUUCAGUGGAUUCAAGCCAUGGAGUUACCACUUCCUUAAUAUUAUAUUUCACUGUACAGCCACAGCCUUAGUAGUCACAGUUGCCAGACGGCUUUUGCCUCAUUAUUGCAUGAGAGUGGGCACUGUUGUCGCAGGUUUGACUUUCGCUGCCCACCCCAUACAUACAGAAGCCGUUGCCGGAAUAGUAGGCAGAGCAGAUUUAGCAGCUUGCAAUUUAUUCCUUAUCAGUUUUUUAUUGUACAGUGAACAUAUAAGACUUCGAGAAAAACACCAGAGACGCCAAUGUAGAAAUGUUAGCAAAAACAUCGUGCUACACCGAAAGCUCGAGUCCAGUGAGACGUUUAGGUUGAGUUGCCAUGGAUUAGUGCAGCAUAUUGUGAUGAACUUUCGUAGACUUUUGAAGGUUAGCAAAGCUGGGCCUAUGAAGAUCUUCGAUCCGUGUGAAUUGAAAACUGAGACAGUCAAGAUUAAAUGUCAAAGUGAUAGUGUUAGUGAAGAAACCAGUGAACUCGUACAGUGGCUCACGUUAUCUGGAACUCUGCUCUUUGCAGCCGCCGGCACUCUAUGCAAAGAGCCUGCGAUAAUGGUCCUACCUCUUUGCAUAUUCUAUGACUUUAUCAAGGGUACACGCCAGGAGGAAUCUUAUUCCAAGGUAAGAGCAGCUCUUUUGCAGUCCGCCAGUUGGCUUUUUGGGAAAGGUCUAGUAUUUAUAUUGUGUAAAGUCAAGCAUCAUAAAGUUAUGAGAGGUUUCUAUAUUGAAAGGUUUAACGUUAUAUUUUGA